AUGUCUUUCGGUCCACUCUUACAAGAGAUUCAUUGCAGAUACCGCAUCAACUCAAAGGCGGAAACGAUUUUCUAUUUCAUCGACUCUGGCGGAAAGACGACCAAUCCAAGAGCCACAGGAUUCCUCGCACAGAAGUGUAGAUACAACACGCCACACUUUGGCACGCAAGCAUUUGCGGAUUUCAUAUCCAGCGCUUGGCCAACCCAGGCAGACGACCGACCAGAUCUUCUGCGUUUGUAUGUCAAUAUACGUAGCGCAGCUGUUGACUAUAUUGAGGGCGACAGAAUAUGGAGUAUUGACGUCCAUAAGAUGAGACACGACGGCAUCCGGAUGUGGAAGGCAUAUUCGUUGGCGCAGUGGCAUACGCCGACUUUGAAUAUCAGAGACUUGGACCAUGAUGAAAUAAUAUUGCUAUUACAUCAUAUUCCUGCACAUGCUGUUGGGAUGGAUAUCACCCAUACGUUUAUUUUUCAAGAAGCCCUAGAAGAAGCCUGUGAGGAAAGCGAUGAAGGGGGAUUCUUGACCUAG